CAUCACCGGCAGAACACGGCCGGGCGGAGGAAAGUGCAGGUUUCCUAUGUGAUUCGAGAUGAAGUGGAGAAGUACAAUCGGAAUGGAGUCAAUGCCCUGCAGCUGGACCCAGCCCUCAACAGGCUUUUCACAGCAGGUCGAGACUCCAUCAUAAGGAUAUGGAGCGUCAAUCAGCACAAGCAAGACCCAUACAUAGCAUCUAUGGAGCACCAUACCGAUUGGGUAAACGACAUUGUACUCUGUUGUAAUGGGAAAACAUUAAUAUCUGCUUCUUCUGACACGACAGUAAAAGUAUGGAAUGCACAUAAGGGAUUUUGUAUGUCAACAUUAAGGACACAUAAGGAUUAUGUAAAGGCCUUAGCAUAUGCCAAGGAUAAAGAACUGGUAGCAUCGGCUGGGUUGGACAGACAAAUAUUCCUUUGGGAUGUGAAUACUCUAACAGCACUGACUGCCUCAAAUAACACUGUCACAACUUCUUCUUUAAGUGGGAACAAAGAUUCCAUUUAUAGCCUGGCAAUGAAUCAACUGGGAACAAUCAUUGUAUCAGGGUCCACUGAAAAGGUUUUAAGGGUAUGGGAUCCAAGAACAUGUGCAAAGCUGAUGAAGCUUAAAGGGCACACGGAUAAUGUAAAAGCGCUGCUGCUGAACAGAGACGGCACCCAGUGUCUUUCUGGCAGUUCUGAUGGGACAAUUCGCCUGUGGUCCCUCGGUCAGCAGAGAUGUAUAGCGACGUACCGAGUCCAUGAUGAAGGCGUUUGGGCUCUGCAAGUCAAUGACGCCUUCACACACGUGUAUUCUGGAGGGAGGGACCGGAAGAUUUACUGUACAGACCUAAGAAACCCUGACAUUCGAGUGCUGAUUUGUGAAGAAAAGGCACCAGUUCUCAAGAUGGAGCUUGAUAGAUCCGCUGAUCCACCUCCUGCAAUCUGGGUUGCAACAACGAAAUCUACAGUAAAUAAAUGGACAUUGAAGGGAAUUCACAACUUUAGAGCCUCUGGAGAUUAUGACAAUGACUGUACAAAUCCUAUAACACCCCUUUGUACACAACCUGACCAGGUUAUUAAAGGCGGUGCUAGUAUUAUUCAGUGCCACAUUCUGAAUGAUAAGAGACAUAUAUUAACAAAAGAUACCAAUAAUAAUGUGGCAUAUUGGGACGUAUUGAAGGCAAGUAAAGUGGAAGAUCUGGGCAAAGUAGAUUUUGAAGAUGAAAUUAAAAAAAGAUUUAAGAUGGUGUAUGUACCAAAUUGGUUCUCAGUAGACUUAAAAACAGGGAUGUUGACUAUUACUCUGGAUGAGAGCGACUGUUUUGCUGCUUGGGUUUCUGCCAAAGAUGCCGGCUUCAGCAGCCCUGACGGGUCAGAUCCAAAACUGAACUUAGGAGGACUGUUGCUCCAGGCACUCCUAGAAUAUUGGCCUAGAACACAUGUGAAUCCCAUAGACGAAGAAGAAAAUGAAGUGAACCAUGUAAAUGGGGAGCAGGAGAACCGAGUACAGAAGGGGAAUGGCUAUUUCCAAGUGCCCCCCCACACCCCCGUGAUCUUUGGUGAAGCAGGAGGCCGCACACUGUUCAGGCUGCUCUGCCGGGAUUCCGGAGGGGAGACUGAGUCCAUGCUCCUCAACGAGACGGUGCCGCAAUGGGUAAUUGACAUCACUGUGGAUAAAAAUAUGCCCAAAUUCAACAAAAUUCCUUUCUACCUCCAACCUCAUGCAUCUUCAGGAGCAAAAACCUUAAAAAAAGAUAGACUUUCUGCUAGCGACAUGCUCCAGGUCCGGAAAGUCAUGGAACAUGUUUAUGAGAAAAUUAUCAACUUGGAUAAUGAGUCGCAAACCACUAGCUCUUCUAAUAAUGAAAAACCAGGAGAACAGGAAAAAGAGGAGGAUAUUGCUGUGCUGGCAGAGGAGAAAAUUGAACUUCUGUGCCAGGACCAGGUUUUGGAUCCAAAUAUGGACCUGCGGACAGUGAAACACUUCAUAUGGAAGAGUGGCGGGGACCUCACCCUCCAUUACCGGCAGAAGUCCACGUGAGGGGUGGGCGAGCGCUCCUGGGUAUCCAUUUACUGACCUUCCUCUGUGGCCCCAAGAGUAGUCCUAGGAAGCCCACUGAGCCCAGUGGGAGCCAGACUUCUAAUGGCCGAUUUGGUAUGGACUGAGAUUCUCUUUCAACUGCAGUGACUAAUGGAAAUGUAAUAUAGAAACCAGUCUCCUUGUGUAGAACAAGCUGUCCCCAGGGAGGCAGAGUCCGAGAGCAGAACCCCAGCCAACUGUCUCUCGAGAUGUACAGAGAACUGACAGGCCAGCGCAGGCCUGGCUUCCUCCUUUUAUUUCAAAGGACCUUAUCUUCGUUAGCACUUGCUAGAAACACAUCCUGUAGGGCCAUAUCUGUCACUGUGUUUCCACUUCACACGUGCUGAGUAGCUUUUCUAAGAGAGUACAUUCCAUUCGUGCAGUACCUAUGAAGGCUUUUUCCAAGUUUGUCAUUAAAAACAAAUUGUUUUCCCAUUUAAGACAGUUAUUUUUAAUAGGAACUUGCUGUUGCACAAUUCGAGAGUCAGCCCAUUUCAUAAAUGACUAGUGUUGGGCUUGUUUCUACUACUGCACCUCAGAUGUGUUCCUGCAGAUGGAGCUGUGGCACCUCCAGGGGCUGGGCCAUAGCACAUGGACCGCUGUGCCCCAGCGAUGCCACACUGACCCCAGUGCCCCGGACUGUCCAGCAGCCACAGGGAGGUGCAGCUGUCGUACUCCUUCCUCCACUGUGUCAUUUUAUUUACGGGCAAAGCCAGGUGGCACCAGAGGUACUUGCUCUGGUGAGCAGCAAGGCACCAUCAAAACUUAAGACCGUGGUGAAAUUUUAACUUCGUUUAAAAUGCUACCUAAAAUGUAUGGUGUCAGUGCAAGGAUAUCAUGGUGAGUUGCUUUGGUAAUUCAUAGCCUGGAAACAUACAUAUUUGUUUUCCAGAGUUUUAUAUGCAGGUUUUUGUUGUUGUACCUCUAUCCAGAUUGCUUUUCACUGUUCUUUCUAACAAUCUAAAGCUUUCAUAGAAUCAUUUGGAUCUUGUACAGAAUAUAACUUAUUGGGGAUAAACACUUCAACUUUUGGCAUAAAAACACUUUGGAUUCUCCCCAAGGUCAUUUGUAUUCAGACGAGAGCAAUGGUCUGCCCCGACCAGACUGCGUGAGACUCGCCUCCCGUGUGGAGCCAGAAGCACAAGUGCCUUCAGAGGCAGUUCCUUCUAGGCCAGGGGCCUCCCCAGCUCGUGUACAGCAGCGCCCAUAGCAGCGGGGCCUGGGGCGGGGGUGGGGAAGGGUUUCUUUUCUACAUCUUCAGGGGUUCAGCUGAAGGCAGCCGAUGGGCCUCGAUCCAGACCUUCCUGUUCGAGACACUGGGAUUCGCACAGCUGUAGGGACAGGGCUCCCUCCCUCCCGCACCGCGGGCAGCCUCCUCUGGGAAGUGGACAGGUCACUGCCGCUGGCUCUGAGGACGUGAGCCCCAUUCCACCGAGUCCCCCUCCCUCACGCAGAGAGCAGCCCACUUCUUUUGUAAACAGCCCUUUCUAUCUGUUGGAUACAACAGUGCACUUUUGCUGCACGUUUUUUAGCAAUAGUCGUGAAUUCAUGUCAAAAAACACACCAAACUCAUUUACCAGCCCUGUUGUGUUUGCAUGAGGGGCCCUUGGGCUAAAGGGAGGGUUUUGCUGCUGGGCCGUCUUGCCCUGCUCCCGAACCUCGAGGGGCGGCUGUGCUCCCUUCCUGUCAUAGAUCUGACCCCAGCAUGGUUGUACUUUUUUCUUUUCUUCCCGUCAAACCAGUAAGUUUCCAGAAAAGUGGACAGUCUGCAAUGCCAAAAGGGUAAAAAUCUGUAUUUCACAGUUGUAUAGAAUAAAGGCUUUAGUUAAAAUAUUCAAAGCAUA